UCUGAGAAGCACUCAGAUGUAUGCACAGUGCUGAGAGCACUUCCAGCACUGCCAGCAGUUCUCUGCUGCUGGAGGGACAGUGACCCCUCCGGGCAGAGAAAUGAGGAAUGUAGAAACUUGCUGAGAGAGGGAAAGCAUUUGGAGAAUGUCCCAUCUGGAAGAGUUUCUAAUCAGGAGGAAAUGGGGAGCUCUUCAAAGAAAUCUGCACAUUGAGCUACUUCCUCUAUGGCAGAAAAAAAGUCAAACAGAGGAAGGGAAAUUCUGACGCAACCCAAGAUUAAAUUUCUGACUUUCCCGCCAAGCCUUGCGAAACAACAGCAGGACAGGGCACAGAGAAGAACCAGGAGGACGGGAAUGGGGAGCUCCUCAUGACCUGGGCACUUUCUCCUUCAUGUCACUGACCAGCCAGGAGCCGCUUUAGGACAUGGAUCCCAAAGGAGCAAGAGGUACCAGGGAGCGCCGCUGAUCUGCACAGACCCCUUUGCCUGCUGCUGCCCCACAGGGAACAGGGAGCUGCUGAAGAGUGGUGUGGUCUGUUCCUGGAGUCUCCAAGCACUGACUCCCCAUCCACUCUGACCACAGCCAGGGGACACAUCCCACUGCCUGCCCAGCGUUCAUCCAUGGAGGUGACCACCGUGUUCCCAUCUCCUGCCUCACCCACCGAGGGAGACGAUCUCUGUGAUAUUGAUGUCACUCAUGGGGCCAUAGACAGUGUGACACUGCUCAUCUGCCUCUGUGGGCUGGCCGGGAACGGGGCUGUGCUCUGCCUUCUCCAAAGGAACCCCACCACCUGUUACAUCAUCAACCUGGCCUUCGCCAACUUCUCCUUCCUCCACUUCGCGGUUCCCUCCACCCUGCUCUACCUGCUGGAGGAAUUGUCCUGCUCCACAAUCGUGCCCCUGGUGUUCAUGAGGGCGCUUUUCCCUCUCCUGCUGUUCUCCUACAACCUGGGGCUGUACCUGCUGACAGCCAUCAGCAUUGACAAGUGCACAUCUACCCUCUGUCCACUCUGGUACCGCUGCCACCGUCCCCAGCGCCUCUCAUGGAUGGUGUGUGCCCUGCUCUGGGCCCUCUCCAUCACUGUCAUUGUCACAAUGACUACCCUGUGCCACUCACAGGAGCACGAGCACUGCCAGGUGUCUCUCAUCACCAUGUAUGCCCUGAACCUCUUCCUAUUUGCCCCAGCCAUGGUCAUUUCCAGCACAAUCCUCCUCAUUAAGGUCAAGUGUGGCUCCCAGCAGCAGCAAUCCAAGAGACUCGACAUUGUUAUUUUCCUCGUUGUGCUCUUCUUCCUCCUCUUUGCUCUCCCCCUCAGCCUCUCCAAUUUCCUCCAGCAGCUCGGCUACACCACUGUGUCCUCCCAGGUUCUUUUCCUGCUCGCCUGUAUCCACAGCAGCAUCAACCCCUUCAUCUACUUCUUGGUGGGGAGGUGCAGGAGGCCCUGCUCUGUGGGGUCGCUCCGGCUCACCCUCCAGAGGGUCUUUGAGGAGCCAGAAGAAAACACUGCCCACGGAGAUGAUCCUGCCAUGGACACAGCCUUUCCAGCCUGUUGAUCCCUUCCAUUGCUCUGCUGAAGGACCUUGGCAGAAUGGCUGACGGUUUCCGCGAGUCACCUGAUUAAUAAAUAUCCAUGGUGUCACCCUC